GCCACUUUCUCAAGAACCUCAAUACAACACACAACACUUAUCGAUCAUCAUGCCUAAGAAAUCAGCAGCCGAGCUCAGCGAAUAUGAGUUGCAACGACAGGAAAACAUAGCAAAAAAUCAGGCUUUACUUCGUCAAUUGCAACUCGAAGCCGCAUCAGCAGGCAUCGCGCCCAAGAAACCCUCACGCGCCACCCCCGACUCCAAAUCCGCAAAGAAGAAGAGAACUCCUGUUCAAAAAGUAAAAGAGGAGGUUCUACCCAGAAGAACAUCAAGUCGUCUACGAGGCAUCGUUGCAGACAGCGAAGUUGCAAAAAGAAAGGCAGAGGAAGAGCAUGAAUUGCUAGCUCAAGCCGAACGAGCAAAACGUCAACGCGUUUCCGAAGACCUGCGUUUCUCAGAUGUCGUAGUCGCAGGAAAGGAUUGGGAUCAGUCUGGCAACUUUCUACGUCUAGUCGGUCCAGCAAAUCCAGGCGAACGCACUUUCAGCGCCCAAGAUGUCAAGGAGACCACAGACAAAGAGUUGAAAGAGCUGCGCGAACGCAUGAGUGGGUUGGAUCUCUGGGAAGGCUUCGAACCCAACAGGAUAAAGAUCACACCCGAGCGAAUCUACUCGCUAGGCUUCCAUCCAACCACCGAUAAAGCACUCGUCUUUGCCGGUGACAAGCUAGGAAGUCUAGGUCUCUUCGACGCAUCGCAACAACCCUCCGCCACCAUCAAAAACGAAGACGACGACGAAUCAGACGACGAAGAAGCCUCCCCUCAAAUCACAACCCUCAAGAUCCACACUCGCACAAUCUCCGCCUUCCAAUUCAGCCCUCACGAUACCAAUGCUCUUUACUCCGCCAGCUACGACUCCUCAAUCCGUAAACUCGAUCUCGCAAAAGGCGUAGCGACAGAAGCCUACGCACCCCUAUCCAAAGACGACGACGAACCACUCUCCGGCGUCGAAAUGUCCCAAUUCGAUCCUCACAAUCUCUUCUUCAGCACUUUGAAUGGAAACUUCGGCCGCCACGACACUCGCUCGAAACCAGGAAAAGGCACUGAUAUCUAUGGGCUGUCGGAAAAGAAAAUAGGAGGAUUCAGUUUACACCCUGCUCAACCUCAUAUUUUUGCAACCGCAUCAUUGGAUCGCUACCUACGACUUUGGGAUUUGAGAAUGCUGAAGGGGAAGGGAGAUGAGAGGGGUCCUGCGGAGGUGGGAGCACACGAGAGCAGGUUAAGUGUUUCUCACGCCGCGUUCAAUUCUGCAGGCCAAGUCGCCACAGCCAGUUAUGAUGAUACGGUCAAGGUAUACGAUUUCAGCUCUGCAGCAACAUGGGACGCUGGUGUCGAGUUGGACGAAGCACAAAUGACUCCCACGACUGUGAUUCCGCAUAACAAUCAAACUGGACGAUGGGUUACCAUUCUUCGCGCGCAAUGGCAACUCCAGCCCGCGGACAAUAUCCAACGCUUCGUCAUCGGAAACAUGAAUCGCUUCGUAGACGUAUAUACCGGCGAUGGACAACAAUUGGCUCAACUCGGAGGUGAUGGGAUCACUGCUGUGCCUUCGGUGGCGCAGUUCCAUCAGACGAAAGAUUGGAUCGCUGCUGGUACCGCUAGUGGAAAAUUGUGUUUGUGGAUGUAAAGGAUAUGGAAAAUCGUGUUUGGCAUGUUCGUUCCUGCAUCAGGAUAUAUAGCAUAAGCAUCAGACCAAGAUGGCUAAACAUCAAAUAUCCAUCUACUCUUUCCAUG